AUGACUAGGGCUCCGGUCGUUGCCUUCCCGUCGGUCUGUGAAGUGGUUGAAUGCAUGGCUUGGCUGGAGUCAAAGAAGGGCUUCGCUAUGCUUCGCGACGCCUUCAAUGAAACCAGUUCUCACGCCGAUCUACUGUCCAUAUUUCCGAAUCCGGUAGGUUGUCUGUUGCUGUGUUUUAACGGUCUGACUUUCUCUAGGCUGCAUGCUGUCAUUCUACGAUAA